AUGAGUGUUUCAGAUGAUGAUGAACCUUUAACUUUAAGUUCUCAUACUUUAGCUGCUUUACAAGAAUUUAAAUUAGAAGAAAAAUCAAGAUUAGAAAAAUUUCAAACUCUAUUUAAACAAUCUGAAAAUAAUUUUGAUAAUAAACAAAAAUUAAAUCAUCAAAAUUUAAAAUUAACAAUUGAUGAUUUUAAAGAAGAUUGGCAAUUAUCUCAAUUUUGGUAUUCAGAUGAAACUGCAAGUACUUUAGGAAAAGCUUUAUUAGAAGGUGCUGAUGAAAAUACUAUUAUCGUCAUUGCAAGUGCUCCAUCAGUUUAUGCUGCAAUUAAACAAUUUCCAAAACAUCAAGUACCAACAGAUCAAAUUUAUUUAUUAGAAUUUGAUCCAAGAUUUAAAAUUCUUGCUGGUGAUGAAAAAUUUGCUAUUUAUGAUUAUAAUAAGCCAGAUGAAAUUCCUAAAAAUUUAAGAUAUAAGUGUCAUCGCUUAUUAAUUGAUCCACCAUUUUUAGAAGAAGAAUGUCAGACUAAAUCUGCUAUAGCAGCAAAAAAUUUAUUAAUUAAAGAUGAUUCAAAUCAAGUCAUUAAAUUAAUAACUUCUACUGGAGAGAGAAUGAAUGAUAUAGUCAAGAAAAUUUACCCAGAUACAUUUAUGACAAAUUAUUACCCUGAGCAUAAAAAUGGUUUAAGUAAUGAAUUUCGAUGUUACGCCAAUUUCGAAUGCUCUUAUUGGCAAUUUCAAGAUUAA